GCUGCUGCUGGGUCUGCCGCUGCUGCUGCUCCUUGGUCUGCUGUUGCUGGGCCAUUGUUACCCCUGCCAGAGGCGCUGACAGUGCUGCCGGGCUCUGCUGCUGCUUGGAUCCUGCUGUUGGCCCAAGAACAAAGUCCAAAGUGAAAAGGCAAUUAUGAAGCUCAGUGAAAAGGACCCAGAAGAAAGAAAAGAGAGUGGACAGGCAAGACAGAAGGUGGACUGGUCCUGCUCGCUCGUGGUGGCUUCUCUCGUGGGCGCUUUCGGCUCCUCGUUCCUCUAUGGCUACAGCCUUUCCGUAGUGAACGCCCCCACUCCGUAUAUCAAGGCCUUUUACAAUGAAACAUGGAAAAGAAGGCAUGGCCAUCCAAUACACUCAGAUACGCUGACUCUGCUGUGGUCUGUGACCGUGUCCAUAUUUGCCAUUGGAGGACUAGUGGGGACACUGAUGGUGAAGAUGAUUGGAAAGUUUCUUGGGAGAAAGAACAUGUUACUUGUCAACAAUGGGUUUGCAAUUUCUGCUGCACUGCUAAUGGCCUGCUCCCUCGUGGCAGGGACCUUUGAGAUGCUUAUUGUGGGACGCUUCAUCAUGGGCAUAGAUGGAGGCGUUGCACUAAGUGCACUCCCCAUGUACCUCAAUGAGAUCUCACCCAAGGAGAUACGUGGCUCUCUGGGUCAGGUGACGGCCAUCUUCAUCUGUGUUGGUGUGUUCUUUGGACAGCUGCUGGGCCUGCCUGAGCUGCUGGGAAAGGAGAGCACCUGGCCACACCUGUUUGGAGUGAUUGUUGUCCCCGCCUUGGUCCAGCUGGUGAGCCUGCCCUUCCUCCCUGAGAGCCCACGCUACCUGCUCCUUGAGAAGCAUGAUGAGGUGGCAGCUGUAAAAGCCUUCCAGACAUUCCUGGGCAAAGCAGAUGUCUCCCGAGAGAUGGAGGCAGCCCUGGCUGAGAGCCGUGUGCAGAGGAAUCUCCGCCUGGCAUCCGUCCUGGAGCUGCUCAGGGCACCCUUCCUCCGCUGGCAGGUCAUCACUGUGGUCAUCACCAUGGCCUGCUACCAGUUGUGUGGCCUCAAUGCGAUUUGGUUCUACACCAACAGCAUCUUCGGGAAAGCUGGGAUCCCUCAGGACAAGAUUCCGUACAUCACUCUGAGCACGGGUGGCAUUGAGACUCUGGCUGCCAUAGUCUCUGGCUUGGUCAUUGAGCGUUGGGGACGGAGGCCACUCCUCAUUGGCGGCUUCGGGCUGAUGGCUGUCUUCUUUGGGACCCUCACUGUCACACUGACACUACAGGAUCAUGCGCCCUGGAUCCCUUACCUGAGCAUCGUGUGUAUCCUAGCGAUCAUUGCCUCCUUUUGCAGUGGCCCAGGUGGGAUUCCAUUCAUCCUGACAGGAGAGUUUUUCCAGCAGGCACAUCGGCCAGCAGCCUUCCUUAUCGCGGGCACUGUCAACUGGCUCUCCAACUUCACUGUGGGGCUCCUCUUCCCCUUCCUUCAGAAAAGCCUGGACUCCUAUUGCUUCCUUGUGUUUGCCACAAUAUGUAUUGCAGGCACCAUGUACUUCUAUUUUAUCCUGCCUGAGACCAAGAACAGAACCCACAUGGAAAUCAGCCAGGCAUUUGCCAAGAGAAACAAGGCUCACCUCCCAGAGGAGAAGGCUGACUCAACUUCAGUGCAGGAGAAGGCGAAUGGGCGGUCUGAUCCAGAUCCCUCCUGCACACUGGACGGCCACAGCCCAAACAGCAUCGUCUAACUACCUAGCCUCCACGCUCAGAAGGUGACAACUGAUUGAAGCCAGAUGAGUCUUUUAUAAGGGUGAAGCAUUUCAGAAUAAGCCUCUGUGAAUCUGGCCUCACCACCACCUAAUCCAAGUUGUACCUCCUGCACUUCUCUGAAACGCCAAAGAUUGCCCAGUGAUUGGGUAGACUCACGAUUCCUCUAGACAGAACAAGAGCCUGCCUUCUUUGUGAUGGAACCCACAGUUCUGAGAUGAGUUUUGGAAACAUGAUCAGCACACUGCUUCAAAGGAAAACUGGUCUGAUGGAGGACUCAUGGGCUGGGAAAGACAGACAGGGUUCCAUUUGCAGUAUGCCACAUGUAAGUAGCCCUGACCUGCUCUAGUCCUGAGCCUCAGUGACCUGGGCUUUGGUCUGAGCCCUCCCCAGUUCUGUGGGAAGACUGCUGUACCUCCUAACAAGUGCCCUCUACCAACCUCUGGUUCUAACCUGAGGGCCUCAGGCUUAGGAGCACCUCAUAGUAACCCACCGUGCUGCAGGUUCUACCUUCCCCAGGCCAUGUCCCCAGAAAUCAAGGCUUCCAGGUCUGAGGCUGUUCAGACUGUUUACGGAGGGCUCAGGCAACUCCAGGAAGCAGAUAAGCAAAUGAACAUUCUGGGCCCUGGGGCAGAGACUACAAGUUGAGCUCUGUUCAGUUAAAACACAGUACUGAGAAUGACUGUGUGACUAAACCUAGGCCUGAUAAGAAAGAACACUGUGAUUGAUUGAUGAUGUCUGCCACAGGUACAAGGAUAACAGUGUCAGCCCAUGUGCCCCAUGGGUGCUAAGUCAAAAAGAGACUCAGGGAAGGAGAUCAUAAACCUCCUUGAGAGAUGAGCACAAUCACAGUGUUCAGGUGAAGUCUGGGUGCUCACCAGUUUUAACUGUUACUCAGUUUUAGAAGGAUUUGGAAAUAGACAGCUGAGCUGGAGCAACUUGUGGCCUGCCACUGCCAUGCAUGACUUGUGGUUUGGUUGAUUCCCUAGUUGGGCCUCCAAAACAAAGUACAGAUGACAAACCUAUUAAGUAAGUGAUAGCCACUUGAUUUAAGAGCACUGUGUUUGAGUUUAGGAUGUGAGAAAGUAGUGGGGACAAAGAAGGAUGUCUCUGCACUAGGCAGCCCCUGCCCUGUCCAGCUUUGCCUGGCCAUUCUGGAUGAAGGCAGCCUUAGCCAAAACCCGGGUUCUGAUUUUCUCUCCCUGCUGCAAACACCUUUGCACCUAGACCUCUCUUUAGGUGCUUGACAGCUCCUGCCAUCCAGCUUCGAUUUGACUGGAUAAUUUGAACAGCACUUGUCAAUAUGGAGAAAAAGUGGUAUGUGGGUACCAAAAAUGUCUAGCACAAAGAGAACCAAAUAAAGUAUAAAACAGAAA